AUUGAGCCAAUGACCUGCUCAACCGGUUACCAUCCUCUUCUCAUCCAUAAAUAGUAAUGGUAGGUGAAGUGUUCUUUAUUUUCAUUCCUCAAGGCCUUUUCUUUGUUGGGGAAGCUUAAAUAGUGAUUGUGUUCAGAAAUUUGUAUUAAAAAAAAAUGACUUGGGAGUUAUCACCACGAGUAGCUGACAAGAAGAUAAUUGAGGGAGAGGGUGGAUCAUAUUGGAGUUGGUCAAGUUCCAAGUUUCCAUUGCUGAGUGAAGCUAAGGUUGGUGCUGGAAAGCUUCUUCUUCAUCCUAAUGGCUUUGCUCUCCCUCAUUAUGCUGAUUCCUCCAAGAUUGGUUUUGUUCUUCAAGGGAGGUGCACAGUAGGAAUGGUAUUCCCAAAUGCAUCAGAAGAAAAAGUGUUGGCAAUCAAGAAAGGGGAUGCAAUACAGGUACCGGCCGGAGGGCUGUCAUGGUGGUUCAAUGGUGGAGACACCGAUAUGGUUAUGGUGUUCAUUGGAGAAACUUCGAAGGCUUACAAUCCUGGUGAAUUCACCUACUUCCUCUUGUCAGGGACACUAAGUGUCUUGAAGGGUUUCUCUACAGACUUUGUUUGUAGAGCUUAUAACAUAAAUAAAGAAGAAGCAAAUGAGCUGGUGACGAGCCAAACAGAGACUUUGAUCAUCAAGAUUGAAGAAGGAACAACUAUGCCCCAACCAUGCAAAGACACCAACAAUGGAAGCAACAACACAGUCAUCAACAUCGAGACUGCAUUGGCUGACACAGAUGUCAAGAAUGGUGGAUUGCUGACAAAAUUUACUGCAAAAGAACUGCCUUUGCUUGAACAAGUUGGGCUUAGUGCCAAGCUUGUGAAGUUGGGUGCAAAUGAAAUGUCACCAAUACUGUAUGGUGCUGGUUCAUCAGUUGAGGUAACUUACAUUGUGAAAGGCAGUGGUAGGGUCCAAAUUGUGGGGAUCAAUGGUGAGCUUGCUUUGGACACCAAAGUGCAUAGUGGUGACUUGUUUGUUGUGCCAAGGUUCUUUGUGGUAGCCAUAGUUGCAGGUGGAGAUGGGAUGGAGUGUUUCUCUGUCAUAACUUCUUCACAACCUGUGUUUGGAGAGUUAAGUGGCAAUACAUCUAUAUGGAAAGCUUUAUCUCCAGUGGUUCUACAAACUUCUCUUGGUGUCACUCCAAAGUUUUCUCUACUUUUCAUUUCCAAGAAUUAGAUCACAAACACCACAAUUCUCAUCCCUUCAUCAAAUUAAAUUCUAGCAUAUUUAAAACAUUAUUAGUAGCCCAUUUAAUUCCUUGUUAUAUGUAUAUUUCUUUUUGGAGAUGAAAUGUGUUGAGAAAUAAAUUGAAUUGUUUGUAAUCUUUAUUUUA